UGGGGCACCGAUCGAGUUGAACGCGUUUGCGGUGUGAAAGCCGACCCUUUUCUACUCGGAGACUGCACUAUAGGUUGGGGCUUGUAUUUGGCAGUGGGCAGUACAGUGGCCACGUUCAUUUGCGCCAUUCUGUCCAUUCAGGCUGAGAUCUCCACCUCGUCCGACAAAGUCCAGGAUGAGAUACUUGACGGCAAAAAUUUGAUUUGUUUGCUCUAACAUUAGUGGCAAAUAUCAAUUAAAAUCUACACAGAAUUAUAUA